AUGCCGACCAAAACCUCAUCUACCACCGAUCCGCAAGCCUCUGACCCAAUCGAUCGAGACUACUAUCUGCGCAAGCCAAAACCGCUCCCGUCGGAUCCAGCCAUACGUUCUCUAGCCCAGGCUGUGUUACGAGAUGGAUAUGUAGUCAUUCCCAACGCCUUUACAGAAGCAGAGGCCCUUGAAGCAAAAGCAGAGAUUGAUCGACUUCAUGGUCAUCGCCCACGCAUUGGCCGCGAUUCAUUUGAUGGGUUUAAGACGAAUCGUAUCUUCGCUUUGCUGAACAAGACGCGCGUGUUUGACAAAUUUUGCCUGAUACCCCAAGUCCACGCACUCAACAACUUCUUCCUUGACGAUGAUUACCUGAUCUAUAUCAUGGAGACAAUUACUAUCAACCCGGGCGAGAAGGCCCAAGUCCUUCAUCACGAUGAUAAUGAUUACACUGAGAUGAAUGGCGCCACAAGAAUUAUUCCCGGAAGCCAUCUCUGGGGCAGUGACAGAUUGGGCGAAGAGUCAGAAGCCAAGUCGGUCGUCUGUCCCAGGGGCAGUGUUAUUUAUUUUCUCGGUACAACAUGGCACUCUGGUGGAGCAAAUAGGAGCGAUAAGCCACGAUAUGCUGCAACGAUUCAAUACUGCCAGCCCUAUAUUCGACCGUUGGAGAACUUAAUGCUGGCUGUUGAUCCCAGAAAAGCACUUUCGGGCGAGAUUCCGAAGAAGAUUGUUGAUAUGAUGGGUUAUCGCAGUGCUAUUCCUUUCGUGGGUUAUGCCGAUGGCCUCAAUCCUAAAAAAGCCACAAAUAGGUUGAUCCGAUGGUUACAGGGUCCUGUAGACUACAACCCUCCCACCUUUGCCAAAGAAGCUGGUGAAAAAGAAAACAGAAUCCUAAGCAAGUUGUGA